AUGGGUCCUUUCUACUCCCCCAUACCUGCUGAGGAAUCUGGAGACGAGCAGCUUCACCCACGGCACCGAAGGACUGAGGCACAGCGUGUGACCCUGCUUCGUCGUGGCUCUGCGGGGCAAGCGGGGUCAGGUGGGGUCGGGAGAGAGAGGGUCGAGGACACAGAGAACUCACAUGAUUUCUGGUACUUCGCAGUGUGGCCCCUCGGGGAUGAGCUCCACCUGGACCAAGUGACGCGGCGGGAUGCGCUCGGCUACGGCCCGGACGCAGCGGCAGCGCAGCUCUCCGGCCGGCGGCGCACCUGCGGCGGGGAGGGCGGCUCAGCCUGGCUGCGGGGACCCGCUCCGCACCCUCCGCACCCUCCGCCUGUAUCCCCGCCUGUAUCCCCGCCUGUAUCCCCGCCUGUAUCCCCGCCUGUGCCCGCGUCCCACCCCUCUUUGCUCUCACCCCAGCAGAGCACGGCGGCGGAGGCGGCUAAGAACAGCGGGAGGAGGAGGUGUGAGCUCAUAGUUAGAGCUGCCGGCUGGUCCCUCGGGACUCUGGCUUUGUCGCCUUGCUGUCCCCGUUGCUUUUAUUCCCUCGGUGCCGAAGCUGUCUGGGGAUUUCCCUGGUGGAGUCGGGAGACCUCUACCUUCGUUCCACAUCCUAGUGCUGCGGGACUCGACGGGGCCACCCGGCCAUUCCCUCCCAGCCCGCACAGCAGCGGUUUUGCCUGCGAAGAGAUGCUCACCGUUCCUUAUCUCAGCUCCUCUUCUGUAUUCGUUAACAUGAGCGGAGUUCAGUAAAGCAAAUUGAGGUUUCCCUGAGUUUUGUUCCACACCUCGCAGUAUACUUUUGUACCAUCUGUUGCUUCCAUUUAGAAUGUAUUUAUGACUGUGCAGGAAUUAAAGAUUUGGAAGUGUGCUCUUGGA